GUGGAGGAAGAAAUGGUACAGAUGCUUGGGGACUACGCAGUAGAAGCGGCGGACGAGUUGGUGCGGUACGCAGACCAAAUGUGCAUGGAGAAGCAGGGGGUGGUGGACGUGCGGAUCCGGGUGAGAACAGUACCGUUCCGGCUGCAAUAGAUAUAACUACUAGUCACUAUUGUUUAUUGCGGGUCCACACGGGUCACCGCACGGGUACGCGCAACCUUUUGCAGCAAUCAAACAACUGUCAUCCACGAGUUUUGCCCCUUACACCCACAUCGGAACCACCAACGUCAAACAUACGCUAAUGUAUGACCACGGCGGCUCGUGUAAGACCUUCGCAUACCGCGUUGCCACUAACAACAAAGCCUCAAGCUCAAACGUCAUUUAUUUGUCAUUUCACGACGCUCCACAAAAAACAAAUUAAAUUGAGAUCCUUAUCAAUAAACAAAUAUAUAAGGUACAAAACCCCAGUUGUUUUUUUUUUGUUUAGGCUCCCAGUGUUUUUAAUAUUUUUUUUCUGAAAACACACCCAAUUCAACCACUUCCCAAUGUUCAAACUAGGCUUCUUGUCGUCGAUAUUCACUCCUUCCAAUAAAUCUGGACACCCUGUUAUCGACCUGGGUGAUAUCCCCAAGACGUUUUCCGUGGCCUCGAGAACUGACCCCAGAAAACACCUCAAGAUCUCAAUGGAAAACACCUUCGAUGAAGACUUUGUCAACAUCAACAUGAGAGAGAUGUCGUACGCCGAGGCUGCUCAUGUGGGAUUGUCGAAGCCCAGUACCUCCAGGGGUACCGGCACGGGAUCUGCGGCCACUGGUACCAGGGGUGAUGUGGUGUCCGCUCGUUCCCGGACCUUGAAGCGGGAUGAACUUGAUGACGAUGGGGAUGACUUGCCGGAGAAGUUGAAGUCGAGUAUCCAUUAUAAAAAACAUAAACAGUAUAAGAAGAACGAGAAGAAGAGAAAAAUGAAGACCAAGAGGAGAUACUAGAUAUGAAUAUACAAAUACACUGGACCCCACCUGGAGGCCGCCAUGGCUUAGCCUCCCCUGAGUAGAACACGGUCAACCUAGUUGUCCAACACAAGUCAUUCCCGGAGUAUUGCCUACUGUAAUCUUGUUUUGCUG